AUGUUCACUCUGCCUCCGAUUCAAAAUAUCAAUCCCAACCGUGUUUUCUGGAAUGCACGAGUGGCAAGAAGAAUUGGGGAGCAGUUCCGAGACGAUCCACAACCAUCACUUUUUCAGAGGAUAAUCCAGGUAGGUUCUCUCUAUUUUUCUCGCUGCACAAUGGUUCACCCGAUUGGAUUCGACAAUAUUGAACACAUCGAUCCCGCCUAUAUACCUCCUCUCCGGCGCGCUCAACGUGAAGAGGCGAUGAUGGAAAAUUUGGAGCGCGUCGGGAUGGGGAUGGGAUAUGCAGACCGCCGGGAGGUUUAUAUCGUCCCUGCACAGCAGCACGACGAUGUGGAGGGAAUUCUUCGCAACAUUCCUGAAGUCCAAGCGACAACUCUAGGAGAAAAAAUCACUAAUAGUGGAAUCACAAAGCAGCUGAGAGUCCUCGGUCGUCGCGAUGGAAAUGUCUAUGAGAAUCUCUUCAAAUGGGCAAAAUCGUCUCCAUUGAACAAGACAGACGUACUUCCAUCAGUUACUCAGUACUUAAAACCAAUGAUGGAAAAGGCCAGAUUAUAA